CUACCACCUCCCGCGGGCGCCGUCGGAGGGGUGGCCGGACAGAAAGAACAGCCUUCCCCAGGGCCCGUGUGCCCUCCAGUUGUCACAGGCCAGGGCCCGAGGCAGAGCGGCGGGGUGACCGAAUCGUCCGCGAUGUCGAGCGAGGAGAGCUACCGGGCCAUCCUGCGCUACCUGACGAACGAGCGGGAGCCGUACGCGCCGGGCACCGAGGGCAACGCCAAGCGCAAGAUCCGCAAGGCUGCCGCUUGCUACGUGGUGCGCGGCGGGACCCUCUACUACCAGCGGCGGCAGCGCCAUCGCCAGCGCUUCGCCGAGCUCGAGGUGGUGCUGCAGCCCGAGAGGCGUCGGGGACUCAUCGAGGCGGCGCACCUGGGGCCCGACGGCACCCACCACACCCGGCACCAGACGUGGCACGACCUGUCCAAGAACUACUGGUGGCGAGGUAUUUUAAAGCAAGUAAAAGAUUAUAUUAAAGAAUGUAGCAAAUGCCAGGAGAAGUUGGAUCGAGCCCGCCCAAUAUCAGAUACUUCUGAAAUGUUGGAAGAAUUGGGGUUAGAACUAGAAUCUACUGAAGAGAGUAAUGAAACAGAUGAUGACCAAAGCAAUGCUGCAUCUGUUCCAAGUGCUGUGUCCAAGACUGUGAAAAAGAAGCCAAUAUCCAAACAUGAACUUGUAUUUGUUGACACUAAAGGUGUUGUAAAACAGUCUUCACCAAAACAUUGUCAAGCCGUCUUAAAACACCUGAAUCAGCAGAGACUUAACAAUCAGUUUUGUGAUGUUACUUUGUUAAUUGAAGGAGAAGAGUACAGAGCUCAUAAGUCUGUUUUGUCAGCUAACAGCGAGUACUUCCGGGACCUUUUUAUAGAAAAGGGAGCUGUUUCCAGUCAUGAAGCUGUGGUGGAUCUAUCAGGCUUUUGUAAGUCAAGUUUCCUUCCCUUGCUGGAGUUUGCUUAUACUUCAGUGUUAAGUUUUGACUUUUGUAGCAUGGCAGAUGUUGCCAUCUUGGCCCGCCACCUUUUCAUGUCUGAAGUCUUGGAAAUCUGUGAAAGUGUACAUAAACUAAUGGAGGAAAAGCAGAUUACUGUAUACAAAAAAGGUGAAGUACAAACCGUUGAAUCUACUCAGAAUUUACCAGAGCAGAAUGGUGGAACAUCACAAACUGUGGGCAACGUUGAAGAAGUUGUACCCCCGGAACUUGAAACCAGUGCAUUUGUGUCCCCUGUAAAUGGAGAAUUUCCAGGUAAUGGGCAGGAAGGUGAGAGUACACAGCAGGUUGAACCCCAGGUUUGUUCAGAGUCUCAGUCUGUUUUAGUACAGACAGAAAAUAUAACCCCUUCACAUUCUGGAAAUAAGUCUGAAACAGUGACAAACAGCAACAUGUUAAUUCUUGAAAUAGAAACUUCAGAUACCAGAAAAGAUGACAAAGUUUCCAAUGCCCUUCCCAUUCCUUCUGUGGUAGAGGAAAGGGACAGCAGCACUCCAGUGGACAAAGAAAUGGAAAAUGAUGAACGUAGUAAAUCAUUUGAAGAUACCUGUGCCGAGGAUGAUGUUGCAGAAGAUCACAAGCAAAAACGUAGACGGCUAACACAAGUCCAAGAAAGCCCUGUUGCACAACAAGAGAAGGCAGCUCUGAGCCCUGAUGACACUUAUAAAAGCAGGCUUCGUCAACGCUCUGUUAGUGAAGGUGGAUAUAUACGACUACACAAAGGAAUAGAGAAAAAACUUCAGAAUAGGAAAGCCAAUCCUAAGUCUGCAGUUCAGCAGGUUGCUCUGAAAUUAGUUCAAAGGGGGAAAAAAAUGAAGCAGCCCAAAAGAGAGGCUAAUGAGAACACAGAAGAAGAAACAGCACACAGAUGUAGUGAAUGUGGAAUGGAUUUUCAGAGACGCUAUGCACUUAUCAUGCACACAUUGAAACAUGAAAGAACUAAAGAUUACAAGUGCCCAUUGUGUAAAAAAGAAUUUCAGUAUAGUGCUUCUUUACGAGCACACCUCAUUCGACAUACCCGAAAAAGUGAUGUGCCUACUUCCUCUACUGCUGAAGAAGAUUCAGGAACAUCAACUGAAAAGGGUCGAACCAAGCGGGAGUUUAUAUGUUCUAUAUGUGGAAGGACAUUGCCCAAAUUAUAUUCUCUAAGAAUACACAUGUUGAAGCACACAGGUGUGAAGCCUCAUGCAUGCCAGGUAUGUGGAAAAGCUUUCAUUUACAAGCAUGGUUUAAAAUUACACCUGGCUCUCCAUGAAGCACAGAAACAGUUCCAGUGUGAACUCUGUGUUAAGUCUUUUGUCACCAAGCGUAGUCUUCAAGAACAUAUGAGCAUUCAUACAGGAGAGUCAAAAUACCUUUGCUCAAUCUGUGGAAAGUCUUUUCACAGGGGCUCUGGACUCAGCAAGCACCUAAAGAAACAUCAGCCAAAGCCUGAGGUUCGAGGUUAUCAGUGUACUCAAUGUGAAAAAAGUUUCUUUGAAGCUCGAGAUCUCCGCCAGCACAUGAACAAACAUCUUGGUGUGAAGCCAUUCCAGUGCCAAUUUUGUGAAAAGUGCUACAGUUGGAAAAAAGAUUGGUAUUCUCAUGUAAAGUCUCAUUCUGUCACAGAGCCUUAUAGGUGCAAUGUAUGUGGUAAGGAAUUCUAUGAAAAAGCUUUAUAUAGAAGACAUGUAAAAAAAGCUACUCAUGGGAAGAAAGGAAGAGCAAAACAAAAUCUAGAACGUGUGUGCGAACAGUGUGGAAGAAAAUUCACUCAAUUACGGGAAUAUAGAAGACAUAUGAACAACCAUGAAGGAGUUAAGCCAUUCGAAUGCUUAACGUGUGGGGUUGCUUGGGCUGAUGCACGUUCCCUGAAACGCCAUGUAAGAACACACACAGGUGAAAGGCCCUAUGUCUGUCCUGUAUGCAAUGAAGCUUAUAUUGAUGCUCGAACACUCCGGAAACACAUGACCAAAUUCCAUAGGGAUUAUGUGCCUUGCAAGAUUAUGCUGGAGAAAGAUACCCUUCAGUUUCAUAACCAGGGAACUCAAGUGGAGCAUGCCUUUAGCAUCUUAACAUCAGGCAUGCAAGAACAAGAAAGCAGUGGUCCUCAGGAAAUCGAGACUGUUGUAGUAACUGGAGAAACCAUUGAAGCUAUUGAAGCUGUUGCAGCUACUGAGGAAUGUGCAUCAGUGUCAACUCUUUCUGACCAAAGUAUUAUGCAAGUAGUUAAUUAUGUACUGGCACAACAGCAAGGACAGAAAAUAUCUGAAGUAACAGAAGCUAUUGAAACAGUGGAAGUUGAGGUGGCACAUGUUUCAGAACCAGAGUGAGCACAGUAAUGGAACUAGAGGAAAUUUUGGUGAUGACUCUUCCUGUGCCAUGAACUUGCACACGUUUACAACAUAUGACUUACAGCUCAGAGUCCUUAUUUCAAGGUUUUUUGCUGCUUAAUGACACACUAUCUGCAUUGCUAAACAGUCUGUCCAGCCUAUUAAGUUCUGUCGAGAUCGAUUUCUCCCUCUACCCCCCACUCUUUCCCUCUCUCUAUCUCCAAUUUUAGUCAUCCAGCAUAGAGAUUUGAAACAAAUGUUUCUAUUUAAUUGUUUAUCAUGGUAUAAUUUUUAAUGGAUUAAUUUUUAUAAAUGCUGUACUUAGAACUAUACAGUUUCAGUCCUGUUUUCACUUUAUUUUGAAUGUAUAUUUUGAGCUUAAAAGGAUAUUUCUCCACUAGGGUUUCAGUCCUUUUCUCAUCAAAAUAUGGAGGUAAAAUUUUGUGAUUUGACUUGCCCUAUUUACAGAUUGAAAAGAAAAUUCAGAUGUUAAAGCAUUUUACUAGUGUCUUUAGGUACACUGUUGUGUACAAUAUUAGCUUUUAAUGUCUUUAAAUCUGUGAUUCGUGACUUACUGUUUAAAUUCAAACCCUUCCGAGUCAAGGAUUCUAUUUCAUUUUAAAGCACUUAUUAAGCCACAUGGUUAUAAAUCAAGUUUGCACUUGACUAUGUAGGCAAUCUAUAACUGAAUAUUUAGUCCUAGUUUGUUUUUUAAUGCCAUGAAAUUGCAUAGUAUGUCCAGCAAAAUCUGCCUUGUUUUGUUAUCUCUUCAAGGCAAAGAAAUUGACCCUGAAGGUGGAGGGCUUUGUUAUUGUUGAAAUUGAACACUGUUGAUGAGGGAAAUCCUUCCAUGUUAAUUUUAGUACAAUAAAUGGAAAAUCUUGUUCUUUUGCUAUAGCAUGAACAAGUCAAAACUAGGUUUGAUGUUUUCAGUGAUUGUAUCAUGUUUAAUUGCUUAAUUUAGUUGAAAAACUGGAUCAAUUUAGAAACAAAAUGCUACCAACACAUGCAAUAAGUUGCAAGAAUACUGCGUAAUAGUCAAGUUAAAUAAUAACAAAUUCUUUUCAGCCCUCACUACAGUAUACUAAAUCUCAAAAAAAAAAAAAAAUUUGUCAUUUGUAACCCACCUGAUUGUUGAAAACGAAUUCGAUAAAAGAUAGAUUACACGAAAGCUAAAAAUUACAUUUAUUCAAGUGUGUAUAUUUUUUAAAUGUCCACAUCCGUAUUCAAGUUGACCAGCCUCCCACCUUUCCAAAAACACCAAGGGGGGAGGAUCUUGGUAGCUCCACCUAAGAAACUACUACUUGAGAUGUAAUUAUUAUAAUUCAGCUUUUAAGUGUUUGGAACAAUUGUAAAAUGCACAAUUUUUUUUCUAAAAAGAAAUUAUAGGUGAAUCGUUCCUAAGCACAAGCAAAGAUGUGCCUUGAUGUAUACAUGUUACCAAGAUAUUUAUUCCAAUUUGCCUUUAACAUGACUUUAAGGGCAAGGAGUAAAUGUUAGCCAUGCAUGCAUCUGAUCUGCAUACAUGAUAUUUGCUUUUGCAAAUUUUCCAAUCCUCUAAUAGCUAUAUGGCUGACAAAUUCAAUUUUAGGAAGAAAAUUUUAAAAUAGUCCAACUUUUAAAAGGCUGCUUGUUUGGGGGCUUAAAGGGGGGGUAGGACUUUUUUUUUUUAAGCUCUUAUGAAAAUUUGUUUCAACUUGACUAAAAUUUGGAACUCUGUUAUUUUUGUUCACACAUACUCUUGUUUAUAGUAUUGGAUUUACUGAGUUGUAAGACAAAUAGACCAUUAAUGUAUGUCAUAAAUAUGUAAAUAAAACCAGCUGUUGAAUCUUGUUUAAAAGUUUUGAAGUUGAAUAGAGGCUUGUCGUAUUUUAAAGCUUACAAGUGCUUUCUAUAAGGCAAAUAUUGUUCUUUUUCUGGAUAAUAUUUUAUCUAUAAUUAAGUUGAUCAGUUUUUGCUGGGGCAAAAGAAAAAAAUAGGAAUUUUGUUUCUUAACAAAUCCAAUAUUAAUCCCUUGGGUAAAACAUGGGCCAUGUGGCCGUAAAGAAUGGCUACAAUCCAUACUGCUUCAAGUUAAAUUUAAUAUUACAAAGUCAAAUGUAAUGUAAAUGGUUUCCAACUUCGCUGGAGAAAUGCAUUUAAAUGUACAUAAGUUGGUAUUAAGCAUAGAAAUAAAUGUUUAAAGACA